AAAAAAGUGGUAUCUAUUUUUUCUUUCUUUCUUUGAAUUACUGGGUAUCAUCAUCAUCAAGUUUCUUAGAAUGGAUCAACAAAAACCUAUGAGUCAACCUUAUGCUCCUGGAGUCCCACCACCUACUUAUCAACAACAAGGAGAUCGACCAGGACAAACGUAUUAUCAACCUCCGCCGAAUGCAGGUGGUGCUCAACAACAGUAUUAUCCUCCACAUGUUCCACCCAGUAAUCUGCAAAGUAGGUUUGUGAAUUUUUAUAAUCCUCCACAAAACAAUCGAUUAGGGAUAAAACGGAAAAUUCUCUCUAUGUGUUGUUGCAUCCUAUUGAUUGCGGUGAUCGUUGGGUUAGCGGCUGGAUUAACCACGAGAUCAUACAGCUCUUACGGUACAAAUGGUUCUUCUUACUGUCGUACCAACAAUGAUUGUUAUAAUCAAUACGGAAGUGGUGUUUAUUGUUAUAAUGGUUAUUGCAGUCGUUGAAGGGAUUAGUAGUUACCAUCAUCCUCUUUUCCCUUAGGAUGUUCUUUUUUCAUGCGAUAAACAAACUCCGUCUACAUCAAGUGUUUUGAGUUACCUCCUUUUUAGGAAGCUUGCACACAUACAUACAAAC